CACAGGCGGAGGUGCACGCAGCACUCGGCAAGAUGUCAGAGCCACAAGUGGUCAUUGAGUCUCUUCACUUCUCUGUCGGCAUUCUUGGUAUAGCUGGAGGGUCCCUGCUAUUACUAGUAAAUGGCUACAGUCAAUCUGCCACAGAACCCUUUAUUCCGAAAACAGCUAUGGGGAUUAUACUACUACUUAUUUCUUCUCUCCUGGCCUACAGUGGUCUACGUCGAAGCUUGAGCCACUCGCCACUCUUUGUGUCACUGUGUCUCACCAUCUCAGCUCUGUGGUGUGGUUCAGGAUUAAUCAGUGUCCUGGCAGGGGAGGGGAUCUUGGUUGGUGAAACUAUGUAUCGGAAUGCUAUGGUUCCUGGUUUGGCUUCUUUCACUGUUGCUUUACUGGUUAUUGGAGUGGUAGGGAUUCUUCAAAGAGAAGUGGUUCUUUCCAUCAUUUCCUUUGCUGUGUGUCUGGCAUGUGCACAUGAGAUUGUAGGCUUAUAUGUUCUGGGUUUUAGCCAGGUUGCAACAGCUGCCAACUACUUACUUGUGUGCCUCAUUGGGGCAUACUUUGGGUUUGGUCGUUUGCUCAAUUAUAUCACUAAAGCAAAGAUUACUCUACCUGGUACUGGUCUAACCAAGAAAAACAAACUUACUGCUGCACAGGCACAGGACAAAAAUGAUAUGGUGAUAAUUGGCUUGGUGAUGAACUUACUUUCUGCAAGUGUCUUUGCCUGUCGCUUGCUAGGUGUCAUCUCCACUCUUUUCAAAGGUCAAGUCCCAUGGCUGUGGGUGGCAGGAUUGUAUCAGCUAGGGGUCUGUGUCCUGUCAUAUCGUGCGUUUGACACCCUGUCUGCUACUUUUUAUGGUUUUGCUUCAGUUUUGAAAUUUGCUGAAGGUUAUGCCCUCCUCCUGACCACCUGGUACCAAGUGCUUGAUUUCCCUGUUGCCUUUCCUAUUGUCUUCUCAAUCCUCUUCUUUACACUGGCACUUUUCUGCACCCAGAAAUGCCUGCUGGAAGGUUUCUAUUUAUUGUUCUAUGUUUCUUACUGCAUUUCCAUUGCAGCCCAAAGUAAUGGAUUUUUCCAGGCAGGGGCACAAGGGGUUCAAGCAGCAAUUUUUAUUGCUUCUGCCUUUAUGCUGUUCAUCUACUUGCAAAAUAUGGCUUCACCUUGGAGGAUUCCAACUGGAGAUGGAGUAAUAAAAGAACUGCUUGCCAGAACGAAUACUCUCACAUUAAGACAACACAACAAAGACUUCCAUGCCCCCUACUUAGGAUACUCAAAGUAUGCAGAUGCUGAAGUGCUUGGUUAUGGCUGUAGUGUACUGGCUGCUUUUGCAAUGAUUGUCUCUUUGGGACCUGAUGGCCCUUUGGGUGCCAUGGUUCUUCCUUGGGUGGUGAUGGCUGGUGGAGUUCUUCAGCUUCUAUCUGGCUCGGUUGCAUUUGCACGUGGCAAAACUUUGGAGAGCACUGCAUUUAUUUUGUAUGGCAUCAUGUGGGUAGUAUGGGGACUGACUAGGUAUGGCGGACUCUAUGGUGGUACUAGAGGGUUCAAUGUGGCAGUGGGUAUUAUUUGCUUUAUGCUGUUUAACUGCUUUGUGAUUAUUGGUACACUGUUCCUUAGCAAGGCAUGGUUCACAUAUUCUUUGAGUUUUGAAUUUAUCUUGAUCAGCUUCUUGCUUGAUGCUAUCAGUGCCUUACCUUUUGGAUAUGACAUUGGUAUUACAGUCAUCUUUGGAUUGGUCAGCUUUUACUGUUUUGUGGCCAACCUUUUCAACAGUAGUUUUGAAAAUCCCAAUUUGCCUCUUGGAGAACCUUUCAUCAAGCUGAGUGGCUAUGGAGGAGGAAGCAACAAGUGCCUUCAUGUGCCUGCCCGGAAAGCCACAUCAGUCCGAGCUAUAGCAGAAAUCAUGAAAAAUGGUGGCACUUGUGGGAUGCCUUCAGAUACGGUGUAUGUCCUAGUUGCUGCUUGUAACCGACCGGAUGCAGUCGAAAAGGCUUAUAGUGCAAAGGUACAUGCAGAAGACAGGCCCAUGUCACUCUGGAUAUCUAGCAUCAAGCAAUUAGAACCUGUCAGGCACCUGAUAAACCCAAUCUUGUGGGACUUCAUGGAAGCAGCAUGGCCCUCCUCUAUUAGUAUGGUCAUCCCUCGAGGUGAGUGGCUUGACUAUUUUGGCUUGAAGCAUGCAGCAAAAUACAUUGGAACUCCCCAGAGCAUUGCCAUUCGCAACCCAAACUGCACCGUCGCAACACACCUUAUGGAUUUGGUCGGCCCCAUUGCUGUGAUGUCGGCAAAUCCAACAGGUGAAGCAGACACCACACAUCACAACCAGGUCUAUGCUAGGCUUGGAAAUAAGGUGGAUGGGGUUUUGUGUGAUGGUCCUUCACCAGAAAAUAUCGCCUCUACUGUUGUUGAUUGUACCAAAAUACAUACUGGCAACAUAGGCUUCUUCCGAAUUGGAAUCUACCCUAGAUCACAGGUGCUGCAGCUGUUUCAAAAUGUCCUUAAGAAACACAAGAAAGGUGUCGACAACUUUGCCUUUAUCUCAGAUAUCCCAGAGGAGACUGUCUCUCCUGCAGCAUCUGAUCAAAAUAAGCAGAGUCUUCAAAUAGUGUAUGAAAGGGAAGACGAAGAAGAAUAGAAAGUAAACAAAGACUCUACUAUGUAACACACUUGGGAACGUGUUUCUACCUGUGUGCUAUGCAAUUGUGAGGAAAACAAAAUGAAGUACUUGCUGCCUUAAAAUAAUGGCACCCUUGAAGAAGAGUCAAAUCAGGCACCUACUGGGAACAAGCAAGAAGGCCUGGCUUCCAUGCAGUAUUUGUCACUGACUAGGCAAAAUGAAUCCUGUGACCUCCAUGAAUGCUUGCCACCUGCUCUGAACACCUGCUCUAUAAGAAAUAACUGUAAGCAAAAUGCCCUGCGCAUCAUUCUAUAAUUGCACAUAAUCAGUAGUAUAAUAAACCUAAGACAAUUUACCAAGAAAAUUAUGAGAUGAACUGUAGCCAAUAAUUGUAUGCCAUUCAGUUGUCCUUUCUGUAAAAAAAUAUGUGGCAGCUAAGCUGAGUUCCCAGGUGCAUCCGUGUUAUCAGAAAUUUAACACCAGAUCUCUUCUUGUUUCAAAAAUGAGACUUUUUAUUUGCCAAAUAUCAAAUUUGGCUGUAUUUUUUCUGCAAGCAUGUAUUGUAUUAGAGACAUGUACAAAGAUUGUCAUACAAAUGUGAAUAAUGUAUAAAGCAAUGUAUGUUCAUGUAAAUACAUUUUGUAAAAUAGUCUAUUGUGGUACACCUGUACUUACUGUAUGUUAAGACUUUUUGUUAUAAAUAUUAAACCCAAUACUGUUUCCAAGUGUUAUUUCUAUAAUGUUAUGUAAGUCACUAAAUGUUGCAUGAAGGUGAAGUGUUUAGUGCUGCUGCCUCAUAGUUUAAAUAUCCCAGGUUCAAGCCCAGGCCAGCUUACUGCCUGAUUUAAGAUUUUGCAGUUCUCUCGGUGUUCACCUUGGCUUUUCACAGUUGAAUCCACUCUGCUCCAAACUGCCAAACAUAGACAUGUUAGUCAGGCUUGUUUCUAGCAUCCUGUUUACCUGUAAAAUGAAUCAUUUAUUAUCAUGUCAUGUAUUUUGCACUACCUGCCAUCUGCAAUUUAUGUUAAUUAAUGCAAUGAUAAUGUAAGAUUUUAUUAUUUUGUCCCAAACUCAGUGGAAAACAACGUAAUGGUAUUUGCUCUGUCUCUGAAUGAUGUCAACUCAAGUUGAAAAAAGUGAUCGAAAAACAAUAAGUUGAACGUUUAUUUGCUCAUAAUAUUAAAUCUAACUUAUUACUAUUUUCUGUUUUUUAGUAA